CGUAUCCCUAACCACCUCCACCACGAAAUGUCAACUUGUUGUGAUUAGCAAUAUUUGUGGUUAUAUUUACACUUUUUUCCUAAGUUCUACAAAAAAUACAAACCGUGUUAAAUGGCAGGCUUUACCGAAUCGGCUUUUAUCAAAAAACUAAACGAUUUAAACAAUUCCUCGCAAAGUAUACAAACCUUAUCGUUUUGGUUAAUCCAUCACAGAAAACAUUACAGUACAGUAGUGAAAUUAUGGGGCAGAGAACUGAUCAAAGCCAAGGACAGCAAAAAACUAACAUUUAUGUACUUGGCAAAUGAUGUAAUUCAAAACAGCCGCAAAAAGGGCCCCGAAUAUGGCCAGGAAUUUGGGGCUCACUUGAAAAAGGCCUUCGAGCACAUGUCGGACGCCGAGGAAAAAACCAUAAGUAGUUUAGAACGUUUAUUAACAAUUUGGAGCGAGAGGGGGAUUUACAAUGAGACACAAAUUAGCGAUUUUAGGAGUGCGUUAAAAAAAGAAGGGCCGCCUUUGAAAAAAGUCAAAACCGAUGGAAAAGCACCCAAAGAGAAGAAAAAGUCUGAACAUGAGGUUACAGUUGAAGUGGACGGAAUGGUGGAAACGCAUGUGCACUUAAGUCCACAUACGCCAGCUGGGGAUCCCCCUGAACCUGAAGAACUAAUCAAGGCAAUCCAAGAUUUGGAGAAUAAUAUUGCGUCCGCUGAUGAAGGGGUGCGGCAACGCAUUGCUCAAUUGCCGCCUUCGGUCACCGAAAUUUCCUCAAUAGCUAGCUUGCAAGAUAAAGAGCAAGCCGAAAAACUGAGUCAACAAGUGAACGAAGCUGUGACGUUGUUAAAUGAGUACAACAGUCGUCUCGCCGUUGAAAUGGAACAUCGCAAAAAAGUUUCGUCAAUGAUUCGAGACUUUCUUCAGGUGCAGCAAGAACUGUUGGCUCAAGCCGAGCAAAAUCUAGAGGAAUAUCAAGAUAAACUAAUCAAAGUCUAUAGUGUUCGAAACGAAUUAAAAUCUCACAUUCAGAAUUUACCCGAUCUGACGCAACUCCCGAAUGUGACCGACGGUUUAGCUCCAUUACCCUCAGCUGAACAUUUAUUUAUGCCUUAAAUUGUGAUUGAUUUUUCACACAACAGUGUUUAAGUGUCGACUGGCGUUAUUAGCUAAAUUUUAAUUAGAGCAUUUCAACUAUGAUGCAUAUUUAUUCAAGCACAGGGUGCGCUAGUUGUAGUUGUGAAAACAAUUUUUAAAUAAAUUUGAUUUAUUGACUUGUCCCA